UUGACUGUUGAGCCGAAAGUGGACAUUCAACGCAUCGAUUUGACCGCAUUGUCCGCCAAUAAGAUUAAACUCAUAGUGAAGUGCAUUAACCGGAGGGGACACCUGUUGUUGGCCUCUAAUAACGAUGUGUUUUGUAUGAUACGAGUGCCACACGAGCAACAGAUCUACCAACUCAUGAGUGAACAUCACUUCGAGUUAGCCCUACAGGUGGCCAAUAUGUGGACAGAAGAAACGGGCGACGAUGUGGUCGCCGGCGGCGAAGACAACGCCUCCGAAUCCACCAAAAAGGAGCAAAUGAUGCUUAAGAUCAAGAAUAUGCACGCAUUCGACCUCUUCUGCAAAAAGCAAUACAAGGAAGCGUUGGUAUUGUUCCUGAAGCUCGAGACGGAUCCGUCGCAAGUGAUCGGUUUGUUUCCCGAUCUGUUGCCCGAAGACUUUAGAAAUAAACUCGAAUACCCGUCGAAACCGCCGCAACUGCUCGGCGCCGAUCUCGAGACCGGCCUCUUCUGUCUCAUAGACUAUCUGCUAGAAGUUCGCCGCAAUUUGGCCAACGCUGCCGCCGCUGCCAACGGUCAGAGCGGCGCAACUAUUAGCUCAUCAACGUCUUCGGCCAGCAUCGGUGGCAACAGCGCCGCAGAGACCGACAGCCCGUCGACCGCCGCCGCCUCAGCCAAAGCCAAGUAUCAGCUGAAGAGCAUAAUCGAUACGACACUCUUGAAGUGUUACCUCCAGACCAACGACGCGUUAGUGGCGCCACUGCUCCGACUGCCAGACAACAAGUGUCACUUGGAAGAGGUGGAGAAGGCUCUCAAAAAGCACCACAAAUACAAUGAGCUGAUCAUUCUCUACCAGAACAAAGGCCUGCAUAAGAACGCACUCGACCUCCUGCACAAACAGUCCCGCAAAAAGGACUCACCGCUGGCCGGCUAUAAGCGAACCGUACAGUACUUACAACACUUGAACGCCGAACACUUGGACCUGAUAUUCGAGUACUCGGAAUGGGUGCUCAAAAAUCAUCCCGAAGACGGUAUCAAGAUAUUCACCGACGACGCGGUGGUCGAUAUGGAACUGUUGCCCCGCGAAGAGGUGGUGGCGUUCCUGCAGCGGAUCAACGAUGACCUACUCAUACCAUACUUAGAGCACCUGAUCUUCGUGUGGAACGACACCACACCUGCCUUUCACAACACUUUGAUCCAUAAGUACAGGGAAAGGGUUCGCAUGUUGUUGACGGACCACAAGAAUAGUGUGGCCGCCGGCGAGACAGAGCCCGUGGGCGCCGGCGAAGAGCCGGGAGAGUUGGGUGAACUGAGACAGAAUUUGUUAAAGUUUUUGGACGAUUCCGACCACUACUCGACCGAAACGCUGCCGACGUAUCUGUUAAACGACGGCCUCUUCGAGGAGCGCGCGGUUGUGAUGGGAAAGAUCGGUAACCAUAAGGAGGCGCUCGUCAUAUACGUCCAUAUGCUUCACGACACACAACGCGCCGAACAGUACUGUCAACGCAUGUAUGACAAGGGAUUGCCAGAGAAUAAAGACGUGAGAUAA